AUGUUGGCAACGUCUCCCCGAGCUUUUGCCAAGUGUUCUGCCAUUGUAGACACGUACCUUCAUACGGAUCACGAUAUAUCGUUCGAUAUCGAAAAACAGUUCGUUCGAUUGGUUGCGGCAACCAUGCAAUUGUGUCGGGAGGUGAAAGUGGAAAGCGAAAAGCAACUUAUACCCGUCUCUUUCGUUGUUCCUACAGCAGCCCAGUCAGACCCAGAUGGCGCGGUGAUUUCCAUGGCAGACGUUAUCAAGUCCUGGCCACAGCAGAUUCCUUGGGGCCAUGUCCACAUAGCUGUUCUCCGAUGUACAGAUGAAGAAGGUCACAUUGUCAUUUUGAUGGAGAAGAAAUCUGACGGCAAAUACGAGAGGAUCGGCAGCCACCAUUUCCCAUGGCUCAGAGCUCUUGUCACUGAGAAUAAAAAGUCGAAUCAGACCAUGCAUAUCCGUGCUCGAGCAAAACAACAUGUAUCAAAGGGUAACAGAGACAGCCUCCGGGGUUCUUACUAUGGCGGCAAUGGAGCAGUUGUCAAAACCAUACCCGGCUCGGGGUAUAUGAUUUCACACAGCCGACCUGCCAAUUUUACGCCUUUCCAAGGAAAGAUAAUGUCAUAUGUGGAUAUGAACCUUGUUGGUUCUAGUAUAAAGAAGGCGAUUGGGGUGGUCACUCCACUUGUGCUCUUCUUUCGACAUGCCCGAUCGGCCGAGCAUUCUUCUUUUGCAAUUCGUUUUGACCGUGUAGGGCCAUAUGGAAGCUACCUUUAUAAGAUCAGCUUUCGCGUUGGAGUGACUGUGUGGGAAUAUGACGGCAGUGACAAGCAAAACCCCCAGAAUGACAAGAACGGAGAGACCGCCCAGUCACCUAUGUUCCCACCAGACUCUCCGCAAGUCAGCUUCCCGAUAUCGAGUGACUGUGUCCUCAGGCUUCGUUAUCGAAGGACAGCUCCCAUGUUUGAGGACUUUGUCAAUGUGUCCAUCGAAACUCCACUCCCCUGGCAGCCCGUUCUGGAAGAUCCUCUGGCAGCCUGGCCUGUUUUCUUUGCUCAUAAUUUCGGGAGAAACGCCGAGAACUUGGCGCAGUUUGCUCCGCAGGACAGGGUGACCCGGACCAUAACCUUGUGCCACCUGGAAGAUCAACAAGAUCAGAUACAUACUAGUACCCUAGCAGGCUUGUCGGAGCCAAAGAGAUCAAUGAGCAAGGCGCCGCCACUAGCGGCAUCGUUACCAGGCUCGGCAGAUGUCAAAUCGGACUUGAUGGGGACCACGCCGUCUGUAGACUGUGCGGUUUCGGAUACAUUGCCUGCAUAG